CAAAAGAUGACCGCGUAUGUUUGCUCACUGGUUAUAUAGGUACUGGUACUUUCAGAUUGCUUAUUCGUCAGUCAGUUUGUUACAUGGGCUUGUAAGAUACAGUCAUGGACCGCAUCAGGUUUAAGGUCAACGGUACUGAGUGCUCAGUGGGAUGCGAGAUCAGCUCGGACGUGACAUUGCUGGACUUCCUCCGCAACUACCUCCAGCUGCGUGGCACUAAGUACAUGUGCCGUGAAGGUGGCUGCGGAGCCUGCAUGGUUACUGCUGCCAAGAGUCCUGGAUCUCCUCAUGUUGCUGUCAAUUCUUGUUUGGCAUCAGUCACCUCCUGUGAAGGCUGGGACAUCACGACCAUAGAAGGUCUAGGAAACAGAAAGAUAGGCUACCAUCCUAUACAGACGACACUUGCAGAAAACCAUGGGUCACAGUGUGGCUACUGCACUACUGGAUGGGUCAUGGCGAUGCAUGGUUUCCUAGAAACCAAGAAAAAUGCCACCAUGUUGGAAGUAGAAAAAGCAUUCGGCAGUAACGUGUGCCGCUGUACAGGCUACAGACCUAUAUUGGAAGCCUUUAAGAAAUUUGCCAAAGACGCUCCAAAAGACCAGAGGAUUUUGGACAUUGAAGACUUGCAGAUAUGUAAGAAGUCAGGGAAGACUUGCAAUAAGUCUUGUGAUGAAGAUGAGUGGUGCCUGGUUCAUGAAGAUGACGUUAAAGAUGAGGCUAAAAGGAUAUUGUUAGCUGAUGGUAGAAUUUGGUACAAGCCAAGAUGGGUUCGUGAUGUUCUCGAUAUACUGGCGCACGAAGGAGUGCAGUCCUAUAUGCUGGUAGCUGGUAAUACUGCUAAAGGAGUCAUACCCAUAGACGAGUAUCCUCGUGUCUUAAUAGACGUCAGCACACUUCAGGAGCUCAAAGUAGUUACUUAUGAUCAAAACCUCAUAGUCGGUGCUAGUAAUACACUCACAGAUUUUCUUGAAAUUCUGAAGGCAGCAUCUGAACGGGAAUACUUUGGAUAUUUGAUAAAUCUCUACAACCACAUUGAUUUGGUCGCACAUAUACCUGUCAGAAACUUGGGUACAAUCGCAGGCAACCUGAUGAUCAAACACAGGGACAACUCCUUCCCGUCUGAUAUAUUCUUGGUGUUGUAUACUAUAGGAGCUCAGGUUACUAUCACUGAUAUCACCAGGGCAACAUUGACAGUAUCGAUGGACACCUUCCUAAAGAUAAAUAUGACGGGGAAAAUUAUUCUAAAUGUGAUGCUGCCACCGUUGAGCGAUGAAUACAAAUUUUUCUCAUAUAAGCUAAUGCCAAGAGCGCAAAGUGCGCACGCCAUCGUCAACAUGGGAUGUCUGUACAAACUAACUGCUACCAACAGAGUGGACAGAGCUAGGAUUGUAUACGGAGGUCUUUCACCCAAGUUCUUAAGAGCAGUGGCCACCGAGAGCUUCUUACUUAGAAAGCCGUUGUUCGACAAUACCACGUUACAAGGAGCCCUAGCAGUGCUGGAGGGAGAGAUGAUUGUGGAGCCAAAGCCACCAGAACCUUCUGUGGAAUAUAGGAGAUUCUUGGCUAAGUCUUUGUUCUUUAAGGGUCUGCUGACACUCUGCCCGACAUCUAUUAGAGCCUCCCGGUUCGAGUCAGGAGCUAUCAACUUGCAUGCGUCUAGACCAGUGUCAGAUUCUCGCCAGAUCUUUACCACAGACCCUCAGAAAUGGCCUCUGAACCAGCCUAUCGCUAAAGUGGAGUCUUUAAUCCAAUGUGCAGGAGAAGCACAGUACACCGAAGACAUUCCAUCUUUACCACAAGAAGUUUUUGCAGCGUUUGUGCUAACAACGGUGGCUGUAGGUACAAUCACCAAAAUCGAUCCAAGUGCUGCAUUGGCAUGCCCAGGUGUUGUAGCUUUCUACACAGCAAAAGACAUACCAGGACUAAAUUCUUUUACACCAGCAGAGAGUUUACUGUAUCAAAGAAACGAAGAAGUACUAUGCGAUGGAAAUGUCAAAUAUUAUAAUCAACCUUUGGGCAUAAUUGUAGCAGAAACCCAACACUUAGCUGACAGAGCUACCAAACUGGUCAAAGUAACUUACAAGAACGUCAAAAAACCAGUAACAGAUAUAAAAGUAGCCAAAGCUGAUAGUACUAGGAAUACUCUUUUUACUUCUGUUGAUGCUGCUAGCCCUGGUACUGAUGUGUUCAAAACUAUUACUGGAAGCAGCACGCUGUAUGGACAGUAUCCUUUUACUAUGGAAACCCUGGUUUGUUUGGCCAAACCAACUGAAGAAGGAUUAGAAGUGCACUGCGCUACUCAAUGGCUUGAUGGAACACAUGUCAUGAUCUCAAGAGCUUUGAAAAUGGAAGAAAACAAAAUUGAUUGCUACGUGCGUCGUAUUGGCGGUGGAUACGGCAUGAAGAUAUCUCGCAGUAUCCAAUCAGCCGUGGCUUGCAGUCUCGUGGUACAGAAGCUGAAUCGUCCCUGCAGGUUCAUUCAGCCAUUGACCACGAAUUUCAAAGCAGUCGGCAAAAGAUUACCUUGUGUCAAUGAUUAUGAGAUCGCAGUGAACAAUGCAGGAGUAAUCCAACGCUUAGACACGACCAUUUAUGAAGACAAUGGUUAUACUAUCAACGAGACCCUCACAGCUCUGGGUGCAGGCGUCUACAAUAACUGUUAUGAUGCUACCAAGAUGAACUUCAAAGCAUACGACACUAUCACUGAUAUGGCCAAAAAUACAUGGUGUAGAUCGCCAGGUACAUUGGAAGCCAUAUCAUUUAUGGAAAACAUAUUAGAAAGGAUUUCCUAUGAGCUAUCUUUAGAUCCAGUGGCCGUGCGUUUGGCUAAUCUCGACUCAACGCUAGCUGAGGAAUUGAGAGGAAUGGUUGAUACUCUCAAAAAAAAUUCAGAUUUCAAUACUAGACGAGCAGCAGUAGAUUCGUUCAAUACUCAGAACAGAUGGAAGAAACGAGGACUGAGGUGGGCUUUUGCAAGAUGGUCGCCAGUUGGUGCACAACGCUUUGAUAUAAACUUAUCAGUCUUCCAAGCCGACGGAACUGUAAUCAUAACACAUGCUGGUGUGGAAAUGGGACAAGGCAUCAACACUAAAGCAGUGCAAUUAGCUGCCUACUUCUUAAAGAUACCCAUAGAGAAAAUACAAAUUAAAGGAAACAACACAAUUAUUACUCCAAAUAGUUUUAUUUCUGGUGGAAGUUUGACAACAACAUCUGUGCUAAUUGGACUGAAGAGGUGUUGUGAUCAGUUGAAUGAGAGGUUGGCACCCAUUAGGGCUACUUUGACCAAUCCAACAUGGGAGCAAGUGAUCACAGCCGCUUACAAUGCCGAUGUCGAUCUCCAGGCACAUGGGUUUUCAGGCUUACUUGACGCUCAAGUUUACAACGUUUAUGGAAUGUGUUUGGUUGAAACGGAAAUUGAUAUAUUGACUGGAGAAUCUGAAGUACUGAGAGCAGAUAUUCUACAAGAUGUCGGUUUUAGUAUCAGCCCUGAAAUUGAUGUUGGACAGGUGGAAGGUUCUUUCGUAAUGGGCCUUGGCUACUGGACCUGUGAGAGGCUGCAAUAUGCUGAAACUGGACAAAUCCUCACAGACAGGACCUGGGACUAUCACAUACCUCAGGCGAGAGACAUACCUCAGGACUUCAGGGUCUAUUUUAAGAAGAAUUCUUACAGCAAUGACAUCAUUUAGGAUCC